AUGGUCAUGGCGGAUGGCCCGAGGCACUUGCAGCGCGGGCCGGUUCGGGUGGGGUUCUACGACAUCGAGGGCACGCUGGGCAAGGGCAACUUCGCUGUGGUGAAGCUGGGGCGCCACCGCAUCACCAAGACCGAGGUGGCCAUAAAAAUCAUAGAUAAAUCUCAACUGGAUGCGGUGAAUCUAGAGAAAAUCUACAGAGAAGUCCAAAUAAUGAAAAUGUUAGACCACCCUCACAUAAUAAAACUCUACCAGGUGAUGGAGACCAAAAGCAUGUUGUACCUUGUCACUGAAUAUGCCAAAAAUGGAGAGAUUUUUGAUUACCUUGCAAAUCAUGGCCGCUUGAGUGAGUCUGAGGCAAGGCGAAAAUUCUGGCAAAUACUGUCUGCAGUAGAUUACUGUCAUAGUCGGAAGAUUGUACACCGAGACCUCAAGGCUGAAAAUCUACUGCUAGAUAACAACAUGAAUAUCAAAAUAGCAGAUUUUGGUUUUGGAAACUUCUUUAAGAGUGGUGAACCGCUGGCUACAUGGUGUGGCAGCCCUCCUUAUGCAGCCCCAGAAGUCUUUGAAGGACAACAGUAUGAAGGACCACAACUGGAUAUUUGGAGCAUGGGAGUAGUUCUUUAUGUCCUUGUCUGUGGAGCUUUGCCUUUUGAUGGACCAACUCUCCCUAUCCUGAGACAAAGGGUACUGGAAGGAAGAUUCCGUAUUCCGUAUUUCAUGUCAGAAGAUUGUGAGCAUCUCAUCCGAAGAAUGUUGGUCUUAGAUCCAUCUAAGAGGCUGACAAUAGCCCAAAUAAAAGAGCACAAGUGGAUGCUGGUGGAAGUUCCAGUACAAAGACCUGUUCUCUAUCCACAAGAGCAAGAAAAUGAGCCAUCUCUUGGGGAGUAUAAUGAGCAGGUCCUGCGGCUAAUGCAUAGCCUUGGAAUAGAUCAACAGAAAACCAUGGAGUCUUUGCAAAACAAGAGUUAUAACCACUUUGCUGCUAUCUAUUACUUAUUGGUGGAAAGACUGAAAUCGCACCGGAGCAGCUUCCCCGUGGAGCAGAGAGUUGAUGCCCGCCAGCGUCGGCCCAGCACUGUUGCUGAACAGACAGUUGCCAAGGCACAAACUGUUGGUCCCCCAAUGGCCAUACGUUCACCAAACAUGAGACUGAUGAGGUCACCCAUCCUCCCUCAGACAUCAAAUGUGGAGGUCUUUUCCUUUCCAAAUUCUGGAUGCCAGGCCGAGGCAACAUUCAUGGAAGAAGAACGAGUUGAUACACCAAAGGUGAAUGGUUGUCUGCUGGACCCAGUGCCCCCCAUAAUGGUGAGAAAAGGAUGCCAAUCACUGCCUAGUAAUAUGAUGGAGACCUCCAUUGAUGAAGGAAUAGAGACAGAAGGAGAGUCUGAGGAAGACCCUAGCCAUUCAUUUGAUGCUUUCCAGUCAACACGCUGUGGACAGAGACGUCACACACUGGCAGAAGUGACCAACCAGCUAGUCAUGAUGCCUGGCACAGGGAAAGUCUUUUCUGUGAAUGACCACCCCUCCUUGGGCAGUGUGGAUUCUGAGUAUGACAUGGGAUCCAUUCAGAGGGAUCUGAACUUUCUAGAGGACAACCCAUCCCUGAAGGACAUUAUGUUGGCCAAUCAGCCUACACACCGCUUGACACCUCCUUUCAUAAGCAUAAGACCUGCCAAUCCAGCCAUGCAGGUGCUAAGCUCACAGAAACGGGAGACUCACAACAGGUCCCCAGUAAGCUUCAGAGAAGGCCGUAGGGCAUCAGAUACCUCUCUCACACAAGGGCUUGUAGCAUUUAGACAGCACCUACAGAAUCUGGCCCGAACCAAAGGAAUUCUUGAACUGAACAAAGUCCAGUUGCUAUAUGAACAGAUGGGGUCAGAGGCAGAACCCAGCUUAGCAUCAGCUGCUCCCCAACUCCAAGACCUUGUCAGCAGUGCCUCACAGGAGGAAGCCACUCAGCAGCAGGAAAAUGCCUCUGCUUUUCCAAACACUGUGCAUCCACAGCUUUCCAGACGACAAAGCCUAGAGACCCAAUACCUGCAGCACAGACUCCAGAAACCCAAUCUCCUGUCAAAAGCACAGAACACUUGCCAACUAUAUUGCAAGGAAUCUCCCCGGAGCCUGGAACAGCAGCUGCAGGAGCACAGGCUUCAUCAGAAACGGCUCUUCCUUCAGAAGCAGUCCCAGCUGCAGGCGUACUUUAACCAGAUGCAGAUAGCGGAGAGUUCCUACCCACGGCCAAACCAGCAGCUGCCGCUUCCCCACCAGGAGCAGCUCUCCAGUCCUCAGGCUCAGCCGUCGCAGCCACCCCAGUUCAGCCUGGCUCAGUCGCUAAGCCCGGUCCUAGAGCCUUCCUCAGAGCAAAUGCAAUACGACCCCUUCCUCGGCCAGUACCGCAAACUGCAGCUCCCGCCCCUGCCCUCCUCCCAGGUCCCCGGCUCUCCUCCUCCGCUGCCAUCCCAGCUGCAGCAGCAGCCGCCGCAGCCGCCAGCGGCACCCCCACCCCUACCCUUCUCCUAUCAGACUCGUGAGCUGCCAGGUGCUGCCCCCCCAGAGCCAGACUAUCCUGCCCCCUGCCAGUAUUCCAUGGACCCAGCUCAGCAAAGCAAUGUAGCAUUACCAGACUGUCCCAGGGGCUCCGGGCCAAGGGAGUCCCCCUCCAGCUAUGACCCGUUAGCGCUCUCCGAGUUGCCUGGACUUUUUGAUUGUGAAAUGGUAGAGGCUGUUGACCCUCAGCCCAGCGGCUAUGUCCUAGUGAAUUAGCCCCAGCACGCAGUGUUCACGUCAGGAAGCAAGGCAAGCAGGGCAAAGGAAAAGAGUGUGGAUUUUUGUUUUUAUUCCAACCUGAAAUUCACAACUUAUUUUCCUGCAUUUCCCCUUUUGGGGAAAUGUCAAAAUUGCCCAACUGGAACUGUCGGGGCCUGGCUGAGGAGGCUAGGUGGGGAGUUCAGCCUGGCCUUGUCCACAGGAGCUUCAGAGGCAGGUACUGGAAUGUAGCUGUUAGGAGGAAGACCGGAGCACCAGAAAACGUUUUUGUAGGAAGAAAGGAAUUCACACCUUCAUUUUAUACCAAGUUAUACCAGUCAGUGAUCAAGGGAAACCUGGUGAAUGCACGAACAUGCGGCAGGGCCUUUUUCCUGGCCAAAAAAAAGCAAUAUAUUUUUCACUGAAAUAAAGCAACAAGUGUUAGGCGCUAAAAGGUAAAUCAAGAAUGCUUAUGGACUGUGAGUACACAGGAGAUUUUAAAAGAAAGUUGUA